CUCGAUAUAUAUAUUACUUAUAAUGGCACUAUCCAAAAAAAAAAAAAGAUUUAGUUCUGAACAAGCUCUUCUGUUGUGAUUUUUGUGAAUGAAACUAGGGAGCAGCGAGCAAAGCUUGUGUCUAUGGGACCUGCGGUGGAGCUAUGGAAGGAAAGAGAGAUGGAAAAAACAAGAAACAAGUACGAGAAGCUAAGCGAGAUGAUUAGGUUAUGGGAAGACAAGAAGAAGAAAAAGGCAAAGAAAAAGCUUCAUAGAACAGAGGUAACAUCUUCCUUUUGUCACUCUAUUCUUUGCAUAACUAUAAAACUAAUGUAUGUGAUGAAUGUGAAGAGAGGUGUAGAGAAGGCAAAGUUGAAGGCAAAGCAGAGGUUUAUAGAUGAUAAUGAACGCAUUGAGAUCAUUGUUGCAAGUGCAAGAACACAUGCAUAUGAGAGUCAAAUGAAGGAAGAGUUGAAGGUUAAGGAGAAAGCAAACCUCAUGAGAACAACUGGGAGGAGUCCAUGUAAAUGCCUUUGAAUACAUCAAAUUGCAUGAAAUGAUGUAAAUCCAAUCAUUCUUUCUUAAUUGCUGAUAAUUAUUGUUUGACAUGUAAAAUUCAGACACAAUUAACUUGCUAAUCUUUAAA